ACAGCGGCGUCGACAACUCGCACACCGUUUCUGCGGCUGUUGCCCGCAAGGAGCAGGAAGCCUUCUCGCAGUCGAACGCACACCACGUCGACAGUCCGCCCAGCUACCAGACGGCCUCGUCGCCCAUGCAGGCUCCUGCUGCUCCCGUCCAGGCUGCUGCUCCCGCUCCUGUCCCCGCACCCGCUGCCCCCGCACAGCAGUACGAGCUUGCGCGUGCUCUCUACGACUUCAAGGGCAAAGACAGAGGUGACCUGUCGUUCCGGAGAAACGAGACAAUCACCGUGCUCGAGCACAUCAACAACGACUGGUGGCGCGGCUCUAUCGACAAGCGUCACGGCAUCUUCCCCUCCAACUACGUGGAGAUCAUCCGUUCGCCGGUGUACGGCAGCGGCCAUACUGGCAGCCCUAUGCCGCCCAUGCCUGUGCAGCAGCCCCAGCCCACAGGACCCGUUAUGCAGCCCAUGCCCAUGGCCCCCAUGCCGUACGCCCAACCGAUGGCUGUCCAGCCCAUGCCUGCCCAGCCGGUCAUCGUGCAGCAGGAGGCACCCCAAAAGCACUCUAAGCUCGGCGACCUCGGCUCCAACAUUGGCAAUGCCUUUGUCUUUGGUGCCGCUGCCACUGCCGGUGCCGACAUUAUCAACUCCAUUUUCUAGACACCAGGCGGGCCUGGGUGGGGGUGUGCUUGUGAUGUGACGCGGGAGCCGCUGCCAACAACACUGUUCUGGAGCGUGGUGCCGUGCUGAGCGCGAACAUUCUGCUCGGCGACGGUUUCCUGCAUGCACUGCUCAUCACACAAGUCGCCCUCUUCCGUCUCUCGUCCCAGUGGUUCACUUGUCAUUCCCACACUUUUACCCCUUGCAUGUUGUUUCCCCUAGACAACCCACCACCCUUUGCUCGUUGCAUUGUUCGUUUUUCAAUCCGAUAUUAUUUUUCAAGUAA